AUGAAGAGGAAACUUGGUCUUUCUGAAUAUCUUUGGGCCUGGACACUCCUUCUGAAUGCACUUGCUGGAAAAAGCUUUGGGCAAACUUCACUACAAGAUGAAAUUAAAGACAAUACCACCGUAUUUACAAGGAUUUUGGAUCGACUCCUAGAUGGUUAUGAUAACCGUCUGAGACCAGGAUUGGGAGAGCGUGUAACUGAAGUGAAGACUGAUAUCUUCGUCACCAGCUUUGGACCCGUCUCAGACCAUGAUAUGGAAUAUACAAUAGAUGUAUUUUUCCGCCAAAGCUGGAAGGAUGAGAGACUCAAAUUCAAAGGGCCUAUGACUGUUCUUCGGUUAAAUAACCUAAUGGCAAGUAAAAUUUGGACUCCUGAUACCUUCUUUCACAAUGGGAAGAAAUCUGUGGCCCACAAUAUGACCAUGCCAAACAAGCUGCUUCGCAUUACCGAGGAUGGUACCCUGCUGUAUACCAUGAGAUUGACUGUGCGAGCUGAAUGUCCAAUGCACCUUGAAGACUUUCCAAUGGAUGCCCAUGCCUGCCCAUUGAAAUUUGGAAGCUAUGCUUACACUAGAGCAGAAGUUGUAUAUGAAUGGACCCGAGAACCAGCACGGUCUGUGGUUGUAGCGGAAGAUGGCUCUCGCCUUAAUCAAUAUGAUCUCCUUGGACAAACUGUGGACUCUGGAAUUGUCCAGUCCAGUACAGGGGAAUAUGUUGUCAUGACCACCCAUUUCCACUUGAAGAGAAAGAUUGGUUACUUUGUUAUUCAAACAUACUUACCCUGUAUAAUGACGGUUAUCCUCUCCCAAGUUUCUUUUUGGCUCAACAGAGAGUCAGUCCCAGCAAGAACUGUGUUUGGAGUAACAACUGUCCUUACUAUGACCACGCUGAGUAUCAGUGCCAGAAAUUCUCUUCCCAAAGUGGCCUAUGCCACAGCCAUGGAUUGGUUUAUUGCAGUGUGUUAUGCCUUUGUGUUUUCAGCACUGAUUGAAUUUGCCACUGUCAACUAUUUUACCAAGAGAGGUUAUGCUUGGGAUGGCAAAAGUGUUGUUCCUGAAAAGCCAAAGAAAGUGAAGGAUCCUCUCAUUAAGAAAAACAAUACCUAUGCUGCCACAGCAACAAGCUACACCCCUAACAUCGCUCGGGGGGAUCCUGGGUUAGCCACCAUUGCUAAAAGUGCAACGAUAGAGCCCAAAGAAGUCAAACCUGAAACAAAACCACCAGAGCCCAAGAAAACUUUUAAUAGUGUCAGCAAAAUUGACCGACUGUCAAGAAUAGCUUUCCCAUUGCUUUUUGGAAUCUUUAACUUAGUCUACUGGGCUACUUAUUUAAAUAGAGAGCCUCAGCUUAAAGCCCCCAACCCACAUCAAUAG